UCUCCUCCUCUUCCAGGAAGUAAAAAAAAGCGUCAAACAAGGAGGAACAAGAGGAAAACGCAUCCUCCUCACAUCUAUUCGUGUCCCGCAUUAAUGCGUUAAUCGUGUUCAUAGUUUAGAUUAUCAUUCAGAUCUGCUGUGUGAUGUCUAUAAGAGCGCGUAACAGAGAGAUCUGCGCAGACUGCAGCGCGCCCGACCCACGUUGGGCUUCAAUCAAUCGCGGUGUUUUGAUCUGUGAUGAGUGCUGUAGCAUUCACAGAGGUCUGGGUCGGCACAGCUCUCAAGUUCGACACCUAACCCAGACCACAUGGCCUCAGUCCCAGCUGCAGAUGAUAAAGUCCCUGUACAGUAAUGGAGCAAAUUCAAUCUGGGAACACAGUUUAUUAGAUCCGUCUUCUAUCAUGAGUGGAAAACGGAAAGCCAACCCUCAAGACCGCGUCCAUCCUAAUAAAACAGAUUUCAUUAAGGCUAAAUAUCAAAUGCUGGCUUUUGUUCAUCGAAUGCCCUGCCGUGAAGAUGACAGCAUUACAGCUAAAGACCUCAGCAAGCAACUUCACUCAAGCGUUCGAACCGGCAAUUUGGAGACGUGUCUGCGGUUGCUGUCGUUGGGAGCACAGGCGAACUUUUUCCAUCCAGAGAAAGGAAAUACUCCGCUACACGUGGCCGCUAAAGCCGGUCAGCUGUUACAGGCCGAGCUUCUCACAGUUUAUGGUGCAGAUCCUGGAGCUCCAGACAGCUCGGGGAAGUCGCCCAUUGACUACGCCAGGCAAGCAGGACACCAGGAGCUCGCAGACAGACUGGUGGAGAUACAGUUUGAGCUGACAGAUAGGCUCGCUUUUUAUCUGUGUGGGAGGAAGCCAGAUCAUAAAAACGGUCAACAUUUUAUCGUUCCACAAAUUGCAGACAGCAGUCUUGAUUUGUCCGAACUUGCCAAAGCAGCAAAGAAGAAGCUUCAAUCUCUCAGUAAUCAUCAGUUUGAAGAACUAGCCAUGGACGUUUAUGAUGAAGUUGACAGAAGAGAAACGGAUGCAGUGUGGCUUGCGACUCAGAACCACAGCACCUUCGUAACGGACACUACCAUUGUACCCUUCCUCCCUGUCAAUCCUGAAUAUUCUUCUACUAGGAAUCAGGGUCGACAGAAGCUGGCGAGAUUCAAUGCACACGAGUUUGCAACGCUGGUUAUUGACAUUUUGACCGAUGCCAAACGCCGUCAGCAAGGGAAUUCACCUGAUAAUGUCAAAGAAAAUGUGGAGUUAAUUCUGAAGGACAUCGGUAACCGCCAAGACACCGAAAGUUCAGAGAUCGAUCAACCUGAUUAUGACAGCGUCGCAUCCGACGAGGAAAACGAACAGGAACCUACAUCUGGAAAAGAUGAGAGGACCAAGAGCUCAGAGUCUUCAGACCUGUCUGACAGUCCCAUUACUGUACAGGAGUUCAUGGAGGUGAAAACUGCCCUCAAUGCCUCGGAGGCAAAGAUUCAGCAGCUCCUUAAAGUCAACUGUCAUCUAAGUGAGGAGCUAAGAAACAUGCAGAGCAAGCUGAACUCUCUCCAGAACGAGAACAGCACUCUACGAUGGCAAACUCCGGAUAGUUUGUCAAGGCCACAGGAUCUCCCUCACAGGACGGCUCCUCGUGGCUGCAGGGCCAUGUCAAUGUAUGAGACCGGCUCGGGUCUGAGGCAGUACCACCCUAGAACGGAAACGACCCGCCGAGACACAACCCUGAAUCUUCAACCGCUGCCUUCGAACAUUGGGAAGGGUCCCUCGGUGACCACCUUCUCCUCUCUCCCCUCGUUCCCCUCACCUCUGUCCUGGUCCUCGGAUGAGCGAACCCAAAGGGGCUCGAGUCUGGACGGACACAGCAGCUUGCCGGAACGAGAUUGUGAUAACACGCUGAACCAUGUCACAGAGUUCACAGAAGAGUCUGGGAUUCUGAACCGUAACGUCUCCAGGAGCAGCGGGUGGCUGGGUGACGCUGGAGUUCUGCCGUCGGAAAGCGGGUCUGAGGGCGAGUGUGACCCUACGUUACCCUGCACGGAGGACGUCAUCAGCAAGACGGAGCUGAUCACCAAAAACAUCCAGGAGUUGCUGAGAGCCGCACAGGAGAAUAAACACGAGAGCUUUGUCCCGUGUUCGGAGAGAAUUCUUGUUGCGGUGACGGAAAUGGCAACGUUAUUUCCUAAGAGACCAUCCUCUGAGACCAUCCGUGGGUCCUUGCGUCUUCUGACCUCCAGUGCCGGUCGUCUGCAGUGCGAGUGUCAAAAGGCAAUGGCGCACGACUCGCAGCAUGUCAUUCAGUGUGCCUAUGACAUCGCCAAAGCGGCUAAACAGCUAGUUACUGUAACAACCAAAGACAGUAACUGACCAAAGUCUUGGUGAACCUGUUUUUUUUUGCUAUGUUUUUGGUUUUAUGUCAGUAUUAUUGGUGAUGUGUUCAUUCAAGCAACACGAUUUGGGUGGGCUAUUGCAGUUAUUAGUUUUUCGACAUUUCAACAUUAGUUAACUUAACUUUCAGGCCACAAAGCCUUGACUAUUUUUUUGUGUUUCUUUAUCAUGCAUUAUUAUGAAAAGUUUAAUGAACUAAUAUUUUUGCUUAACAUGGUGCUAAUAACUAAACCGUAUGUCUGUGUUGCUUGUAUGUGGGAAUAAACAGAACAAGUCCUUUAGAUGUUCAGAAACACCAGAUAAAGUUUCAGUGAGACAAAAAACGAAACUGAAUCUGGCUGCUGCUGAAAUUCAAGUAGUGUAUACUGAUUAUUACUCGCAGUGUGACAGCCAACAUGAAAAAUACUAUAUUAUACUUUAGCUUUUACUAUACUUUACUAUAGUACAUUUCCUAGAUACUGUAGUGUUUUUGAACAUUACUAUAGUAAAUAAAUAUUAGAUUAUACUACAGAUUUACUACAGUUUAUAAUUCACUGUAGUAAAUACUACAAAAUAUUACAGUAGAAAUGACCAAAGUGUGGUAAUUACUACAGUAUACUACAGUAAAUUCCUAUAGUGAGUACUAAAGUAUACUACAGUGUUUGCAUGUAACAAGGAUGUAAACAUGACAAUGCCUCAUUUCCUGUGCAAUAAAUCUUUCCUCUAGCUGCAAAAUGCUACAUUGAACCACAUUGUGUUAAAAGUGUGUAGUGCUUUAGUAUGAAAGUUGUUAUGCAUUACACAUCUGUACACGCUUGGGUGUCUAUCAUACACUUAAAGGUGUCAUUUCUACACCACAAGUGAACCGUUUAGUGAAAGUUUGAGAGGACUAACUAGUCCUAAUAAAACAACAUUUGAUCAAAAUCAGGCAUUGGUUUUGGGCAGGUUUACUUUUUUAAGCAAUGCACAAACAACACAGUGCAGCACUGAAAAAAAAUCUUGUUGCACUUACAUUUUUAAGUUGAAUCAACUUGAUUUACAAUUUUUAAUAAGUACACUGCAAAAAAUAAUUUUCAAGAAAAAAAUCUUUGUAUUUUUGUUUUGUUUUCACUAAAAAUUCUUAAAUUAAGAUGCUUUUUCUUGAUGAGCAAAACGACCCAAGAAAAUAAGUCUAGUUUUUAGACCAAAAAUAUAAAAUGUAAGUGAUUUUGUGCAUGAAACAAGCAAAAUAUCGGCCAAUGGGUUAAGCAAUUUUUUCUUGAAUUUAGUGUUUAAAACAUUAGGGUUAAAAAUUUUUUUUUUGCAAAAGCAUCUUAAUUUAAGAUUUUGUAGAUAUUUUUUACUAUGAAUUUUUUUUCUUAAAUAAUUUUUUGCAGUGUACUUGACAUUUUUACUUUCUUGACUAGUGAGGAUUUGAUAUAAAUCAUAAAAAAUAAAGUCAAGCUAAUUCAACUUUUUUAUAUAUAUAAUUUAUAGCAACUCCUCACUUGUCAAGAGAGUUGAAAUUAAUUGUAAAUUCAACUUAAAAAUGUAAGUGCCACAACAAAGUUUUUACAGUCCAAAGUUUUUUCUUAAUAAUAACAUACAAACCUUUUAAAACAGACCUGACAUGAGCUCCUACAUUAAACUGUGAUACUAUAUAAGCUAUGGUGCAAUUUUUACAGGAAUCACUUGGGAAAAGUAUGAAAAUACAGAAUAACUAUUGAAAGGCUUUUAAAUAAUGGGCCAUUAUUACUGUGUUCUGAUGCAGGUGGUCUUUUUGCGAUAAUAGUGACACAGAAAUGACAUUUAAAGAUACGCUUGGGAUAACUGCUCACAUUGCGAAGGUCUUGAAAUAAUUUGGAGUAAUACUGAUUGAAAAGUGAGUUUUGCUGGAAACAUUUAAUGUCAAUAUAUAUAUAAAUAUCAAUCAUAUGUUUAUUAUUAUUUUAAAUAUAAAUAAUGCAAUGCUUUUUACUCAAUCAUUUCAUUUUUUUAUCUUUUAUCCAGUGCAGAUUGGUGUCUAUGUGCAAUCUGUUGUUUUUAUUCUGUGCAGUUUUUAUUGCGGUAAUCCGUGUCGGCUUUCAUUUGUUAAAGGCGGAGUCCACGAUGUUUGAAAAACGGUUUGGAAAAGGAGACGGGCCGACUACCAAAACACACUUAUAGCCAAUCAAAUCAAAUCAAAUGCCGGGUUGCGUAUGUGUGGGGCGGGUCUAUCAACGGAAUGUCCAGAUUCUAUUGGGGUAGGGGCGUGUUUGUUUAGGCGAUUUCAAAUAUCAACAGUGGCUUUCAAACAUCAUGGACUCCGCCUUUAAGAUCAUCAAAGAAUGUCAAGAGUUUAUUCAGACAAUCCUGUUGCCCUGAAUAAACUCUACCUAAUGUUCAAAGAAUGUUCAUUGUACAGUAUUUUGUAUGUCUGAAAAAAAUUAUGUUCAUGUGCUGCCUUGAUAAUACCAAUACCACAAAUGGUCAUUGUGAUGUUGCAAAGUAAUACAUGUUCCUAGGCCAGCAUUUUUGUCUGAUCUGUUUAACCAUUCCUAUCAAAAAGCCACUUUCUCUAACCAUGACCUACUCUCAGAAAUAAUAGGAAACUGAUGCGUUAACCAUAACAUAGGAUUUAUUGAUAGAAAUGCUUUACUAGACCCAACAAGAAUGAUGAUCUGCGAUGUGUCCUACCUGGCAAAAUCAGGGUCACCUAACACAAACAACUGCCUAACAGCUGCUGUGCUAAUAAUUGUGUAUUUUUUGUGGUAUCUCUGUAUUAUUUACUACAUUGUAUUAUAUACAAGUUAUAUAUGUAAGCUGCUGGUUGUUAACUGUAUGCAACUAAUCUGAUGGAGUUUAAUCUCGUCUUUUCAUUUCUUGCUGCAGUAGCCGGUGGAUGUGUACACAUGCAUCCACCUGCUCAAUGCUUAAAGUCACAUCUGCCUUCUUUUUGAUCUCCUCCUAUUUAGCAGCUGAUGCUGAUUCCACAAAAGUCUUGUUACUAAAUAUAAUAAAACCGCAUUUACCUGUAAUCAAACUACAA